AUGGCUGCCGUUGCCAUGACACCCAACCCUGUGCAGACCCUUCAGGAGGAGGCGGUGUGCGCCAUCUGCCUCGAUUACUUCACGGACCCCGUGUCCAUCGGCUGUGGGCACAACUUCUGCCGAGUGUGUGUAACCCAGUUGUGGGGCGGAGAGGAUGAGGAGGACAGAGACGAGUUAGACCGGGAGGAGGAGGAGGAGGAGGAGGACGGCGAGGAGGAGGAAGUGGAGGCUGUAGGGGCUGGCGGGGGGUGGGACACCCCUAUGCGGGACGAAGACUAUGAGGGAGACUUGGAGGAGGAGGUCGAGGAGGAAGAGGAGGGUGUGUUCUGGACAAAUGGCAUGGGCGGGUCUAACUGGGACAACAUGGACUACGUGUGGGAGGAGGAGGAUGAGGAGGAAGACCUGGACUACUACCUGGGGGACAUGGAGGAGGACCUGAGGGGGGAGGAUGAGGAGGACGAAGAGGAGGUGCUGGAGGAAGACGAGGAAGAGGAGCUAGAUCCGGUUACCCCACUGCCUCCGCCUCCUGCCCCUCGGAGGUGCUUCACUUGCCCCCAGUGCCGAAAGAGCUUUCCCCGGAGGAGCUUUCGUCCCAACUUGCAGCUGGCCAACAUGGUCCAAGUGAUUCGGCAGAUGCACCCAGCUCCUGGUCGCGGGAUCCGUGGGAACGAACAGGGCAUCUGCCCCAAACACCAAGAAGCCCUGAAACUCUUCUGUGAAGUGGACGAAGAGGCCAUCUGUGUAGUGUGCCGAGAAUCCAGGAGCCACAAACAGCACAGUGUGGUGCCAUUGGAGGAGGUGGUGCAGGAGUACAAGGCCAAACUGCAGGGCCACUUGGAACCACUGAGGAAGCACCUAGAGGCUGUGCAGAAGAUGAAGGCCAAGGAGGAGAGGCGGGUGACCGAGCUGAAGAGCCAGAUGAAGUCAGAGCUGGCAGCAGUGGCCUCAGAGUUUGGGCGGCUGACACGGUUUCUGGCAGAAGAGCAGGCAGGGCUGGAGCGGCGCCUCCGAGAAAUGCAUGAAGCCCAGCUGGGGCGUGCAGGAGCAGCGGCCUGCCGCCUCUCAGAGCAGGCUGCCCAGCUGAGCCGCCUGCUGGCAGAGGCCCAGGAGCGGAGCCAGCAGGGGGGCUUGCGGCUGCUCCAGGACAUCAAGGAGACUUUCAAUAGGUGUGAAGAAGUACAGCUGCAGCCCCCAGAGGCCUGGUCCCCUGACCCAUGCCAACCCCAUAGCCAUGACUUCCUGACAGAUGCCAUCGUGAGGAAAAUGAGCCGGAUGUUCUGUCAGGCUGCCCGAGUGGACCUGACGCUGGAUCCUGACACGGCUCACCCUGCCCUGAUGCUAUCCCCUGACCGCCGAGGGGUCCGUCUGGCAGAGCGGCGGCAGGAGGUUGCUGACCACCCCAAGCGCUUCUCUGCUGACUGCUGUGUACUGGGGGCCCAGGGCUUCCGCUCUGGCCGGCACUACUGGGAGGUAGAGGUGGGCGGGCGGCGGGGCUGGGCGGUGGGCGCUGCCCGUGAAUCGACCCAUCACAAGGAGAAGGUGGGCUCUGGGGGGCCUUCUGUAGGUAGUGGGGAUGCCAGCUCCUCACGCCAUCACCAUCGCCGCCGCCGACUCCACCUGCCCCAGCAGCCUCUUCUCCAGCGGGAAGUUUGGUGUGUGGGCACCAACGGCAAACGCUACCAGGCACAGAGCUCAACAGAGCAGACACUGCUGAGCCCAAGUGAGAAACCGCGGCGCUUUGGCGUGUACCUGGACUAUGAGGCUGGGCGCCUGGGCUUCUACAACGCGGAGACUCUGGCCCAUGUGCACACUUUCUCAGCAGCCUUUUUGGGCGAGCGUGUCUUCCCUUUCUUCCGGGUGCUUUCUAAGGGCACCCGCAUCAAGCUCUGCCCUUGA